GACUCUCCUAAAACAAUUGAGCACCACCCCAAAUUCAAACUAAAUCAAAACCCUCCCAAAACAAUUGAGCAGCCACCCCAAAUCAAAUCGAAACCCUAGUUCAUCAAUCUUCUAUCCUUCUCUUCUCCCUCCAUCUUUUCUAUCAAUGGAGUCCGAAAUGAACACCAUUGUCUGUUUUGCUGUAUAUGGAGUACUAAAUUAUCACUUCAUUCCAGAAAUAAUUUUUAGAAGAGAUGGAGAGGACUGUUGCUCUGCUUGCAUUCGAAGACGUCAGCAGCGGGUCAAGACUGAUAGUGAGGUUGAUGCAGCCAUCCUCAAUAGCCAAUGCCAUGAAAAAGAUCCAAAACUUCCGAGCUUGAUGAAAAUGUUGAUGAAGGCUCAAAAUCAGCUGGAUCAGGCUUCUUAUCCACGACUUAAUGAUAUAUUGAUAUAUGUACUGCAACACUCGCCUAUCCUUCUCUUUGACACCAUUGCAACAUCAUUUGUAAUUAUGCUAGCUCAUGCUUCUACUUGUGUAAUAUCUAUUCUCUCAAAGUAGCUACUUGUA